CGAUUGCCCUGACAUCGCCACCAUCACCACUACCAAGCUCACCUUGGUAGUGUGUCAGUGCUCUUUCUUAGCCUCGCCAUCAUGGCUACCACUGCUCCUCCUCCCGUGUACCCAGACUACGACUCCAUCCCCUCCACGAGCGCUCCCCAGCCACGACCCUCCCGGAUCCCUGCUCCCAUCCUGCACCUCUUCUCCCUCUUCCCCCUCGUCACUUUCCCUGCUCCUUCAUCACACGAGUCCCCACCUACCACUUUACCCCCUGCAAUACCGCAACUGAACGUCCUCCCAGGUCAUGUCCGUACUGAUGCGCAAGGGCAAUCUCGCACCACCUGGACAAGCAGGGACGUGCGCUGUCUCACCUCUCAGGUGGAGUUCCUCUUCCGCAAAGUUGAUUUUGAGACGAGGCAGCUAGAGCGGGAGGAAGCUUGGGGUCCAAAGGUAAGAGGACUACCUUUUGUGCAUCUCCCGCAAGCACGCCCGAGUAGGAGCGGAACGGCCACUCCUCCUGCUGCUGUUGCUGCGAGUUCGGCAGCGCCGCCGAGGCUGCUUGCAGCAGACUCGAUACCGACUUGGGUGGAGACGCUGGCUCCCUUUCCCUACGAGCGAGCAGAGACUGGUAGAGAGGCUUCUGAACCCUACCCGAGUCCAACUGCUAAGGCGGAAGCGGAGAUGUGGACGACAUUGCUGCAAAAGGGAGUCAUGGCUGCCGUACUCCUCGCACAACUCUCCUGCGAGACCCCUCCAAGCUCCCACAAGCCCUUCUUCUCAUCCCAAGUCCAGUCGCAUCUUGCCAAUCAAUACCUCGCAAGGGAAGGCAAUUUGAUCAACUCCCUCUCCUCAUCUGCUUCUGCCUCCACGUCCCUAUCACGGUGGAGCAGCUUUGUGCCUGGUAUGAGCUUCUCAUGGAUAGGCUUGGGCGUGAGUGGGAUAGGAAGCAGUAAUGAUGAUGGUGAAGAGGGGACAGGGACAGAGGUAACUUCAGCUGCAUGGCCGGAAGAGCUGGAUGUCGACGCAGUGAUCGCGGAGGGUGUUGAUGGGAUCCAAGCGGUGGGCAAGAAGAUGGCCAGGCAGAGUGAUGGGAAAGAGUGGUUCUUGGGAGCUAGGUGAGUCCUCAUGGCAUUGCAAGACCCACCGCUGAUCCCACGAAAGGAAGCUAACCAGCACUGCUCCCUUGUCAUGCCAGUCAACCCACAUCCCUCGAUGCCUUACUCUUCUCCCAGCUGCAUACCAUCCUGUCCCUCCCUACUGGCACCUCUGACUCGUCAGUUGCAAGGCUUCAAGAUGCCGUCAAGGAAGAAGAAGUGCUGGUGCAGUGGACGAAGCGGGUGUAUGAUGACUUUGUCAAGGCAAAAGAGGUGGAGUGGAGGAAUUGUGGAGGGGAGGUGUCAGAGAAGCCGCUGUUGUGAGCGAUCUUCAUCAAUGUGUUUGAUCCUCUCCUCAAUGUACUUGCACCACUUGUGCUCACCUUAC